UGCGCUCUCUGCUCAGUUUGGCAGCUACGUUAGUGUGAGAGGGAGAUGCCUGCAAGUGUUGCCAACUAAUUUUCAGGGGAAGUUGCUAGACGCAGGUCGAUUUGUUGCUAAAAGUUGCUAAAUGACGCUGUGAUGUCGUUGUGUGAUGACGUCAGUACAUAGAAUACACAAUAACGUUACUUGACUGGCCAUCUCCCCGAAAAAUAUGAUUUGACAUUUUUUUUUAGAUUUGUUUGUUUAUUAUAUAUUUUUAUUUGUAAAAGUAAUAUAAACACAACACAUUUUAUAUGAUCACAUAUUUAUUUUUAAACACAACACAUUGAAUUAUUGAACAAUUACAUUUUCUUUUCAACUAGUAAACCUACACAUUCUGAACAAUUUGCAGUUAUCCACUUUUUUAACCAACUGUGGUAAUGUAGACAGCCUUGUAUGGUUUUGAUUUAUUUAUAUGCUUUGCUGUAGCACAAUGUUUUUUGAUGUCAGUAGGCACAGUAUGCCCGACAAAUCAUCCCCAAUUACUGGCUUCAGUCACCCUUUAAAUUCAGGUACAGACUCCCACUUUUCUGUACUUCUGGCUGUACAAUUUUGAUUGAGACAUGUUGAUUGAUGUUGUAAGUUCUGUUCAAGAUCAAACACUUGUGACCAACUAUAUUCAUUGGGUUUGUCUCGUCGAACGCAUACUACUGCUGCUGCAGUCAGCCAACAUUUGCUGAAAUUGCUGCUGGCCUGCUGCUGCCCUGCUGCUGCCUGUGCACGAGCUGAGCGCCUGCUGACGUCACUCACAAUGCACUUCGUUUUUUCUCACAAUGCACUUCGUUUUUGGAAAUCGUUUUUGUCUCAUUUAGAGGGAAAAUGCGUGCAUUUUAGCGUUUGACUCACGUUUCAAAAGUUGCUAAAAGUUCCAAAUACAUUUUUAAAAGCAGCUAAAUUUGUUGCUAGGUGCUGUUUGAAAAAAAAUAAUCUAGCAACAGAAAUGCUAAAUUGGCAUCACUGGAUGCCUGUGUGUUUCACGGUUUACCUGAUCUUUUUUUCUGCAAGAUUACUCCGCGAAACACGCGAUGCAGCAGAUGAUGCGCUGUCUGCCACUGACUUGUCAUUCACACUCGCCGCUGUCAUCAAAUGGAUUAAUGCUAGCCACAAGUUUUGACUUAGCUCAAUUGUCAUGAAACGCAUAAACAGCGAUGAGUUUCUCUUUCACAGAAAUUUAUAACGAGGAGCGCCCACAAUGUGUUUUGUGCGGGGAAGUGCUAAGUAAUGAAACGACACAUCCUGACCAAACAUCCACUGCAUGAUGGUAAACCCAACGAGUUCUUUCAGAACAGGGCAACAUGCUUCAAGAAACUGCUUCGACAGUGGAAAAGUGUUCUAUCUCCCCAUGGCGUUGGCAGUACCACCCUCCGUGUUUGCUGUUCACAUCCAAUUCAACCUGGUCUACCAGUUCUGGAUCCACACUGAGGUGAUCAGAGAUAUGGGACCUCUGGAGUGGGUCCUAAACACCCCCAGUCACCACAGAGUUCACCACAGUACCUUUGCUCCAGACGGCGAUAAAGUUGUCUACGGUCUCGUACACAUAAUAAACACAUUUGAAGUCCUCCAUAUUCAGAUACUAUCCCAGCUGACUCUUCUGAUGAUGACUGGCUACAUUCUACUCAGUCUGACCUCCAUUGGCUUCAUCAUUGACCAAAGGCAGGUCAACGGCAUCCAUGUUGGAGUUGCUGCGCUGUGUUCUGACGGUGAUGCUGCUGCGAUACGGCUACAUGACGGCACCAGCACCACUGGUUGUGCCCAUUGAGGUAGUAGACUGACCGUGCUGCUCCGACAAAGCAUUUUAGAACCCCCUUUUGGAGAAUAAUACCAUAUGCUACUCUAACAUUUACAACACAAAUUCUUCAAGAGGUGUGAUAACUUGGUAUCCUACUGUAAUGUGAAGCCAGAGAUAAAAGUAGGCAUUUAUCCACGCCAUUUCAUUGUCCCAAACAUAUUACUAGGAAAUACAGACAUACUGUACGUCACAAUGAGACAUAAACAUACUUUCAGAGGUAACGAUUAGUGUAAUACAACCAUAUUAACCAAUCAAUAAGAAUGUUGUUUUUGACGAUGACCGUGUGAAAGAGUGUCAGGAAAUAGUGCACUUAGCAGUAUGCCCUCCGGGCGAUGGUAGGAUGGGUGGGGCGUGGUGUGUGGGGAGUAGAGUGUGCGAGUUUGUCUCUGAUGAUGAGCGGAGUCGACAGCCAGUCUUUAGGGGCCAUUAGGCCUAGUUAGAGCAUCGGCCCUUCCUGUAGCCAGCCAUGCUCUGUGGAUAAAGAUGCACUGUGUUUAGGUGUGACAGAUAGGCCAUUACUGUAGCGUGUGUGUGUCCCUGUAUCUGUCCAUCGUGCCUCAUUGUGUUUGUGCGUGUGCGUUAGCGUGUGCAUGUGUGUGUGUGUGUGAGAGAGGGACUACGUGUGUGUGAACCAUCACUGGCUCCGGCCCCACAUUUACCUGUGAUGUAUGACUCCAGAUGUACGGCUCAAUUGACCAUAAAAUUGCUGUGCGUUUCUGGCACUUGCGGUGGAGUUCUAGCUCGUGGCUGACCUCUCAUUACUUGCCCCUCUCUCCCUCUCUCCCUCCCUCCUUUACUCCCUUGUUCCCUGCCAUCUCAGGCAGUGCGACCUGCAACACUUCUGGAACCAAUUAGUCUAGUCUGCCGCUAACUAAAGCUGGCUGAUGAGAUUCACACGUGAGCGCUGCGGCUGAAUCGCUACUUUUAUUGUGUGACUGCACAUCUGCACACUCAGGUGUUCAAAAAGGAGACUGGAGUUUUUUC